GCUCUCCUCCUUUCUGUAAGGCUGGGCGGUGAGAGAGGCCUCUUUGUGUCUGGCUGUGACACAGGAGGAGGAGGUAUGUGUAUGUGUGAGGGAGAAGGGGAGGGGAUGUGACUCGGUGCCUUCCUCAUCAACUCUUCUAGCUCCUCUCCUCCUCCUCCUCCCAACAACAAACUCCCCGUGUGGUGGCUUCCCCUGGGUAGGAAGGGAGCUGCUGCCAAGCUGGAGGUUGCCCAAGGGUGCAGAGGUUGGCAGGAGCUGCAGUGACACACACAGGAGUACAGCAGUGCCAAGCUGUAGCCUUUACAGGGCCUCAUUCUGGGAGGGGAAGUCUAUAGAAGCAGGCAGCUGCAUGCCUCGUCCAAGCUGAUGGUUAAUAUUUUUAUUUACUCGCUACAGACUGUGCUCUCUGGUUUGUAAGUGAGACGCUGCAUCAUAUGUGAAAAGCUGAGAAGGAAAAGAAGAUUCUGUUUCUGGGAAUAAGAGAAAGGGCUGAGGAGAUUGCUCUGUGAGAAACUGGACCAGCUCACACAAUCUUCUUGCUCUCUGAAAAAAGAAGAAAAGGAUUUUAUUAGCAAAAGGUUAAGCGUUCUAUUUAUCUUCUUUAGCCGGAUGUGAGACAAAAGGACUAACAGGGCGUUUAAUCCAGGUUAUUUAUGUGGAGUGCAAUGGAUUUUUCAUUAUUUAUUUUUUCACCUUUAAAUGGUAUAUUCAUGUGUGUGGAAGCCCCUGUGUAAUCCUUUGCUUUGGGAAUGCGUUCUGCAGGUCUUUGGAGAAUCUUGGAUUUUGCUCAGUGAGACUUUGUGGAAAAGGAAUUGGUUUCUCAGGGGGUUUUCUGACUCCCCAAGUAUACACAUUCCUCUUAAAAUGAACAUGAUUUGACAGUGAAGAGGAGCCCGAUGCUUAGAGGAUUGUUGGUUGCAGGGCCUUGGAUUAGCAGCCCAGAUCACGUUCAUUGUGAAAUCGGAUUAUAGCCAGAGAAAUUGGAUCUUAUGGUAUUUUUGCCUAUUCCAGUUGUCCCGUUAUUGUCCCGGUCCUGGAAAUUGCAAGAUAUGGCUUCAAAUCAUACCCUUAUUUUACUGAUCCUUGGCUUGCAUUCUACCUUCUUAUUGGCCACUGCCCCUGCUACUCAAAGUGAGGAACGCCUGUGUGCCUAUAAGGAUCCUAAUAACCAGGACCAGGCACUCAGCGAAAGUCAGAUAUCGCUGGAGAAUGGCACUGUUAAGUGUACCAAGGGCAAUAUCUGUUUUGGAUUAUGGGAGAAAACAAGAGAUGGCGAAAUCAAUCUCGUCAGACAAGGUUGCUGGUCCCAUGUAAGUGACUCCCGUGAUUGUUACUAUGAAGAAUGUGCCGUUACCACCCCACCACCAGUCAUCCAGAAUGGAACAUACCGUUUCUGUUGCUGCAGCAAGGACAUGUGCAAUGUCAACUUUACGGAGAAUUUCACCCCUUCAGAUCCUACUAGUGCUUCACCAUACAGUCCCAGUGGCUGGCUCCAUCGAGAGAUGACGAUAAUCAUUGCCCUGGCAUCUAUCUCUGUGUUGGCAGUUUUAAUAGUUGUCUUCUUCUUUGGAUACAGGAUAUUUGGAGGAGACCGUAAGCAAGGUCUUCACAGUAUGAAUGUGCUGGAGGCUGCCACAUCAGAACCAUCCCUGGACCUAGACAACCUGAAGUUAUUAGAGCUUAUAGGAAGGGGUCGCUAUGGCUCAGUGUACAAAGGGUCCCUGGAUGAACGCCCUGUGGCUGUGAAAGUCUUUUCCUUUAACAACCGUCAGAAUUUCAUCAACGAAAGGAGCAUUUACCGCACCCCACUGCUGGAGCACGAUAACAUAGCUCACUUUAUUGCGGCAGAUGAGCGGAUAACAUCAGAUGGGCGUCUGGAAUACCUCUUGGUUAUGGAGUACUACGCAAAUGGAUCUCUGAGCAAAUAUUUAAGUGUUCACAGCAAUGACUGGCUUAACUCCUGUCGCUUGGCACAUUCCGUAACUAAAGGAUUGGCAUAUCUGCACACUGAAUUACUGCGGGGAGAUAAUUACAAGUCAGCAAUAUCUCACCGUGACCUUAACAGCCGUAAUGUGCUGGUUAAGAGCGAUGGCACGUGUGUGAUCAGUGACUUUGGUCUGUCUAUGCGACUCACAGGAAACAGGUUGGUAAGACCUGGUGAUGAAGAUAAUGCUGCCAUCAGUGAGGUUGGUACGAUCCGAUACAUGGCCCCUGAAGUUUUGGAAGGAGCUGUUAAUCUGAGGGACUGUGAGUCUGCUUUAAAGCAAGUGGACAUGUACGCGCUGGGUCUCAUCUACUGGGAAAUAUUUAUGAGAUGCACUGACCUCUUUCCAGGGGAAUCUGUGCCAGAAUACCAGAUGGCAUUUCAGACAGAGGCUGGCAACCACCCUACAUUUGAAGAUAUGCAGGUAUUGGUGUCCAGAGAGAAGCAAAGGCCCAAAUUCCCAGAGGCUUGGAAGGAGAACAGUCUGGCUGUGAGGUCAUUGAAAGAGACAAUUGAUGAUUGCUGGGAUCAGGAUGCAGAAGCCAGACUAACUGCACAGUGCGCAGAAGAGAGGAUGGCUGAACUCAUGAUGAUUUGGGAACGGAACAAAUCUGUGAGCCCAACUAUCAACCCAACCUCUACAGCAGUGCAAAAUGAACGUAACUUGUCACAAAAUAGGCGAGUCCCAAAGAUUGGGCCAUACCCAGAUUAUUCCUCUUCAUCCUACAUAGAAGAUUCUGUGCACAACACUGACAGCAUUGUGAAAAACAUCUCAUCUGAGACCUCAAUAUCUAGUGCCCCCCUUACAACUGGUGAGAAGAACCGAAACUCCAUCAACUACGAGAGGCAGCAAGCUCAGGCUCGCCUACCCAGUCCUGAAACUAGCGUCACCAGCUUGUCAACAAACACUACCACUACCAACACCACUGGGCUCACACCAAGCACUGGAAUGACCACCAUAUCAGAAGUCCAGUACUCAGAUGAAACCAUGCACGGUGUGCAAAAUAUUGGCCCCACUCCUGUGUGUUUGCAGCUGACAGAGGAAGACCUAGAGACUAAUAAGCUUGAUCCAAAGGAAGUAGAUAAGAACCUAAAAGAGAGCUCAGAUGAAAAUCUUAUGGAGCAUUCCCUCAAACAGUUUAGUGGACCUGAUCCCUUAAGCAGCACAAGCUCCAACCUCUUUUAUCCACUUAUAAAACUAGCAGUUGAGUCCACGGGGCCACAGGACUUUAAUCAAACAGGGAUUGGACAAGCUUGCAUUGUCCAGGAUGUUCAUGCUGCACAGCUGUAUCCUCUUCCCAAGCAGCAGAACCUUCCCAAAAGACCUACCAGCCUCCCACUGAACACUAAAAACUCUGGCAAAGAAUCCAGGCUGAAAUUUAGUAGCAAGCACAAAUCAAAUUUAAAGCAUGUUGAGACAGGAGUAGCCAAAAUGAACACAGUGACUGCUGCAGAACCACAUGUGGUGACAGUGACCACUGCCUCAGUGAGUGGUAGGACAGGUUAUGUAAACUCUCAGGGCCCUGCAGCCCAGUAUUCUAACACAACUGCUGUGUUGAGCAGUAAUUCAAUGGCUCACAGGGCACAGGAGAUGCUACAGAACCAGUUUAGAGGGGAAGACAGUCGACUAAAUAUUAACUCUAGCCCAGAUGAAAAUGAGCCUCUACUAAGGAGAGAGCAACAAGCUGGCCAGGAUGAAUCAGUCUUAGAUCGGCUAGUGGAUAGGAGGGAACGUCCUGCAGAAAAUAGUCGCGUGAACUCCAAUAACAACAACAAUAGCAGCCAAUGUGUCCUUCAAGAGACAGCUCCGCAAAGUGCUCUUGUAGAGACAAGGCAACGUCAGACAAGGAGAGCUCAGAGACCAAACUCCCUGGAUUUAUCCAACUCCAGUAUUAUGGAUAACUGCAGCACACAGUGUGAAACACUGUCAGACAGUCGAUCUGGCUCAGGAGAGAAGAUUAAGAAGAGAGUGAAGACACCAUACUCCCUUAAACGGUGGCGCCCUUCAACUUGGGCUAUUCCAACUGAACGCCAAGACUGUGAGGUCAACAAUAAUGGGGGCAGUGAAACCUUCAGUCACUCAAAGUCCAGCACGGCCGUUUACCUUAUAGAUGGGGGUACUGCCACCUCUACUCUUUCUAAAGAAGCCAAGAUGAGCUGCUUGUAAAUGCUUCAGCACAUUUACAUUUUCUGUGGUUGCGUCAAAGCCUCCAAAACUUGAUGUUUUAUUUUCUUGCAUCAUCAAAUGAGCAGAAAAACAUGUAGAAAAAAAGAGUUUGUAUCAUCAAUUCUUUGUAAAGGACUUGCUUCAAAUCUUGUUGUUCUGGAAUCGCUAGCAAUACCUUGUUGGCACCUCUAGAGCUAAAAAUUUACAUAGAUUUCAGCUAUGCAGAGUAAACACACAAAAAGCUUAUGCUUCCAUGUUUUUGUUUUCAUCAUUUACAAUGCAAAUUAAUUUCUGGAACCAUUCUGCACCUUGCGACUUAUUACUGAGCAAAUGCUACAUUUCGAGAACACACACACGCCUGUAUGUAUGUAUAUGUAAUGUCAUAAUGAAAAGCAAAAACAGAAAGACACUCAUUUGGAUGUUUGAUUGAAGCAAGAAUUGAAAAGAUAUUGCUGACCAGUGUGGUCUCUAAAAUGCUCCAGAAGCUGUCAGUCAGGAUAAACUUCAGCAAAAUCUUGUGCAUGGUAUUCUAAUUGCCAGAUGUCCUGUUCAUAUGUUGGUGUGUUAAAGCUGCACUUGUGUAAGGAGAGAAAAAACCUUUUUAAAAAAACAUGCUUAAUUCCUGCCUUUUCUUUUAGUAGAUACAUUUAUAUGUCUUUGCACUUUUAGGUGAAAGCACUGCAGGUCACAUUUACGAUUGCUGCCUCCCUGAUUUUUUCCAUUCUGUUUUUUGACCCAUGAACUGCAAAUGUGUUCCCUCAAUUGCUUGCAAACUGUAUGCUUGUUUAAAUGGAGUUAAAAUCAUACCAGCCAAUGAAGGACAGGGCUAGAGCUUUUCACUCCAAGAGAAAAUAAACUGGUUUUGUGCAUAGGGCUUAUUAUCUUUGUAUUUUCUCUUAAACAACAAUAUAUAAAGGCACAGUUUGAUUUUGGGCAAAAAUAUUCCUUUUCUAUCCAUCUAUACUCUGGUCUACUUGCAGUUGGACUGACUGUUCGCUGUACUAAUUGGCUGCAAAAAUGUGGGUUUGUACAGUGACAUUCACAUCAGGCUCAGGCUGCUGUAAGAUGUCUUGGGCAGUCAUUCUUUAUUGUGGAGACUGUUUGGGCCUUUGUGUACCUGACAAGCUAGGGCCUAUUUUGAAAUAAUAAUAAAUGCAAAUUCAGCAUGCCCAGUCCACAUCAUGGGCUUUCGCAUCUUAUUUGUAUUACAGUCAGUCUGACUUUAGUGGGACCAAAGCUUAUGUGAACAAGCCCUUUGGAGAAGCUGUCUCAGCUGAGGUUCUCCACAGACUGCAAUAACAAUAGCAACCACAGUUUCAGUUAGUAUUUACAGCAGCACCCAUAGUUUCAGUAAGUAUUUACAGCUACACCCACAGUUUCAGAGUAUUUACAGCAGCACCCACAGUUACAGUAAAUAUAGGGUGCAUUUGUUGUUUUUUUAUUUGGAGUAUUUAUCAGCUAUGACAAGCAAUAUGUCAAGGAGUGUUUUGUAUACAAAAUGGUAUGAAAAGGUAUGCAUUCAUACUAUUUAACCGCAGAUAUAUUCAAGAUCAUGGCUUUAAACCUUUGUGGGCCGGUAAUGGCUGUGCUUUCCCCAUCAAUUUAGAAACAUAGAAUCUAUGUAAAAUGAAUUUGGUACUUCCAUAUCAGUCCCCUAGAUUUCAAAACUGUGGCACAAAAAGGGUUAAUAGAUAAUGUACAUUUUGCCCUGAAAAGUUGAGUUGGUGGGUGUUAACUCUUAAUUUUGCUUUCACCAGGCCUAUUUUUUAUUUUUAACAGAAAUAUUGAAGCAUGAAUUUGUAAAGAAAAGAAUUGGUGGCAAUGCCUCCAUUAAUACUCCACGGCAAGGUUUUUGUUUAAAAAUGAAAUAGAUUAAAAUUAUAUAAAUAUAUAUAUAUAUAUACCAGAUAAGUGAUUAUAACAUGAAAAGAGCUUAUACAAGCGAUAUUUUAGCCUCUCUGUGGAAGAGUGAACACUUGUUUAACUGAGUGCAUUAUUCCUUGGCUUUCCUUGUACUUGGUUUCAAAUGUGCAAUGGUCAAAAAUUUGCUCCUUGUUUUGCUGGAAAAUACAUUUCACUAACACUACAGCAUUGUCUGCCAUGUUUCUGAAUAUUUUUUUUUUAAUUCACUUACCUUAAAUAUUUACUAUAAACUUUCUCCCGCUAGCUGCUCUAACUAUAAGCAGCUAUUUUGUUGUUGGUUUUGUCCUGUGAAAUAUGCUUUAAGUUUGUAUUUUUAAUAUAUGCAGAAUAAAUGUAUGCGGACAACAGGUAAAAAAAAAACACAAUAAAAAGAGCCUGUUCUUCUUUUGAAGAAAUGGUGCUGUAUGAAAAUAUCCAAUUUUACAAUUAAAGUCGUAUCAUACAUUAA